UGUAACUCUGUAUGGCCACGUUGGUCAUGAUUAUACAUUUAAAUAAUUAUUUAUGUAUCGUAUUUAUUAUUUAUUAUGAUAUUUGUUAAAUUUAUUUUACUGAUUGGUUGUAUCAAUCGACUUUGUGUGAGCCAAACAAAUUAUUGCGAAAUAUGCCUGAACCACACUCUUUGCAGAUACAAUACACCUGGACCAAGUCUGUCGUGCAAAUCUUACGACAACACAGCACUUCUAAGAAAUCAUGACGUCACCGAACUUGUAAAUAAAAUAAACGAAAGAAGGAACUUUGUGGCUUUAGGUUACUCUAAAAUACUUCCACAAGCUGCUAACAUGAAAAAAAUUCACUGGUCUUCUGAACUAGCAUUAUUUGCUCAGCGCUGGGUGGACCAAUGUGUACCUUCAAUACACCCAGAACAAGAGGACCUUUGCAGAGACUUCGAAAAUACCAAAGUAGGUCAAGUAAUAAGUAGCGUGGUCGACCCAUCGUCGAAAAUUAACGUGAAGAGCUUCGUGGAAAUGUGGUUUAUACAAAUACUGAACUACUCAGGCAGUGUCACCUAUUAUAAUCAAUCCCAAGAUCACAGAACAAGUUACUUUACGCAGCUAAUAUGGGCUGAUACUGAAGCUGUUGGAUGUGGAAAAGCUAAAUUCUACGUAGAUGAAAAAAAAUCGAUGCUGGAAAGGCUCGUUUGCAACUUUGCUCCAAAGGGAAACAUACAUGGAAAACCCAUUUAUUCAAUUGGAUAUGCUGGAACGCAAUGUUCAAAUGUAAUGGUACCAGAUGAUAUAUACAAAGGACUGUGUAAUUACGAAGACCAUCAUUUGUUGAAAACGUUAACUACACAAAACCGAACGAUGAACAGCUUACUGAGAAUCCUUAAUUUAUCCAACAAUUCCGCAAAGAAUGAAAUAGACCCCCUCGGAAAUAACUUAAAACAAAUACUUGUAAAUAGUAGUUCUAACAACGAACACAGAAAUCAAAAAACAAGACAUAUAUAUCUAAAUAAUUCAUACGGUCCUAUAAGACGUAUGAUGCCACUUCAGAAGCAUAAUACCUGGAAAAGUGUCGUCAAUAUGACGAGAAAUGAUGAUGACUACCAUUACCAACAUGAACGUGGUCAUUCCCACCUGUAUCAUGGACACAACCUACCCCAGACUUAUAGCUAUCCAAUCACUAGCGAAAGUAAUUACCAUAGCAACCAAGAUUUCCGAAGAUAUGAUUACACUACACAGACAGUCACUUUAGUAUCAAACAGUAAUUACAGAAAAUUUUAUCAACAAGCACAAUGCACCCGUAAAUGGCCACAAAUUGAAAGUAAUAGUUGUUGUGGAAGCAACCAAUGUGAAAAAGGGCAUGAUAAUUGUUGGCAGCAAACUACUUGUCCAACACCUUGUCCAGAACAGUUCACCAAUCCGGUUCUUGAUUUAUGUUCAUGCACUGUUCAAACUUGUCCAACAACUUGUCCUAGUACAUGUACAACCAGUUGUAAUUGUAAUAUGCACUGCCAGUACUCAAGUCCAAUGUGCCCAACAACAACAAAUUGUUUAACUACAUCAUGUCGAGAAAUGCAUUGUAACGAUUGUAGAAAAUCCGGUUCAUUUCAAAAUUACGACAUGUUUCCAAAUGUAGUGCUAAGGAGUGGUAACAAAAGAGUACUAGAAAUUAUUUCUACAAAAAAAGAGCCAUCAUUAUUUGAUAGUUCCAAAAUAACUCAUUCACACCAAAGAAUUUAUGAAGGAUCUGACGAAUUGCAAAGAGAUGAAACUGAUAUGUCAAAAUACAAUUUCCAAGACCGGGAUUAUUUAUACCGGUCCUUUGAUAGGAGACUAAGAAAAAGACGGCAACUCGACGAUCAAAUGACACUUGUACCGUUUUGGCAAUUAGAAAAAAGUAAUUAUAAAAAUCCAUCUCUGUUAAAAAGUAUGCGAUAUACAACACUAUCAAAUAAAAAUAACAGAAACACAAAACGAAACACGGCCCUAGCGAAAUGGUUAUCCAGCACUGAGCCUAUAACUCUGAAUAAAGCAGAUUAUGAAGAUGACGAAGGGGAUGUUACUGAAAAAUACUUAUCUUUUAAUGAAUUAAUGCAUCUACGAAAAAUCAAUGACCGAUACGCAGUUUACGAUUUCAGGCGUGAUGACAGUGCGAAAACAACUAAGAAGAAAUCAUCAACCAACAAAACUACUAAAGCUACUAAAGCUUCAACCAACAAAACAACUAAAACUACUAAAUCGAACAAGACUGUAAAAGUAACCACUGAAAAGACUACAAAAGCCACCGUGCCAAAAACAAACGCUACUACUACUACUGCAACAGCUGAUGCAGAUGGUGAGACUAAAACUACUACAGCUAAAACUACAAAGACAACCACGCAACAAGAAACGAUAAUUUACACACUAAAUCCUCCAUUUUCACGACUGCGGUAUUGCACAAGAAAAUUAACAUGCACGUGGACGGCAUAUACGGCUAACAGUCCUGACAAUGAAGGAAACAUUGUGGGGCCAAUUGAUGUCGGUUCCCGAACUCCACCGGGCUAUGUUGAGGGAUGUACUCGAACUUCCACUUGUACUCGAAUAAACAUGGACCGAAACAAGGUAUUCACCGUGCCAACUGGCGACGGUGCAACUUACCCUGGCGAGAAGGGCCCAGGUGACUUUAGCACCGGAACAGGUAUAGGAGACGAUGAUGACGGGGAUUAUUGCGAACGUCGUUCCCUUAAUGUACAAAGACGGAAUUCUGAUAACAAGGAAAAUUUACCAUAUGAAUUAAAUAAUCAAGUCUGCACGGAUUUAACAACAAGAAGCGGUAAAAUUCAAAAUGAACUUGAUAUUACUCCUGCUGACGUUACUACAGAUGUCAGUGACGUACACGAUUGUGUUUGUGUUGAAAAUAAUUCUAGACAAAAACGACAAGUAACUUCUGAUACUAGGAAGUUUAUGGUACCUGGUGAUAUGCACUGUAGAAACUCAAAAAAGUCCUUCUCAUACGGCGAACUUUACUACAUGAUCUUAAAUAGUAUUUAUGGAUCAAAAAGAGUGAAUCAAUACCACCAUAAUGAAUGUCCCUGUAACUACUCACCCACUAGUCGUUCCAUAACACCUCUAUUUUUGUUAGUAUAUUUUAUUACCAUAUUCAAUGUAUGUAUUUAUGAUAUUUUGUAGAAAGAAGUAAACGAA